CGCUAUCUCACCUUCGUCCUCCAAACAAAACCCUACAGAGAGAGAGAGGCAAAAGUUUUCUUCUAUUCUAUUCUGUUCUACAGAGAGAGAGAGAGAGAGAGAGAGAAGGGUUGUGAAAAUGGCGGAACACUUGGCUUCGAUCUUCGGAACGGAGAAGGAUAGGGUGAAUUGCCCCUUCUACUUCAAGAUUGGAGCUUGCAGGCAUGGUGAUCGGUGCUCUAGGCUUCACACCAAGCCCUCCAUUAGCCCUACCCUCUUGCUCUCCAAUAUGUACCAGCGUCCCGACAUGAUCACUCCCGGUGUUGACGCUCAGGGCCACCCCAUCGAUCCCCGCAAAAUGCAGGAACACUUUGAGGAUUUUUAUGAAGAUCUGUUUGAGGAGCUGAGCAAGUAUGGAGAGAUUGAGAGCCUGAACAUAUGUGACAACCUGGCUGACCACAUGGUGGGUAAUGUUUAUGUUCAGUUUAGAGAGGAAGAACAUGCUGCAAAUGCUCUAAGGAAUCUGACUGGAAGAUUUUAUGCUGGUCGACCUAUCAUUGUUGACUUCUCGCCAGUGACUGAUUUUCGUGAAGCCACAUGUAGGCAGUAUGAGGAGAAUGCCUGCAAUCGUGGUGGGUAUUGCAACUUUAUGCAUCUGAAAAGGAUUGGCAGAGAGUUGAGACGCCAAUUGUUUGGGAGGUAUCGCUCAAGGCAUAGCCGCAGUCGGAGCAGAAGUCGAAGUCCUUAUAGGCAUCACAGCUAUGAUGAGCGCCCUCAUGGAGGUCGUGGGCAUUGUAGAAGGUAUGAUGACGAGGAUUACUACCAUGAGAGUCGUAGCAAGAGGAACAGGACUACAAGCCCUGGCCACAGAAGAGGACGAAGCAGGAGCCCAGGGGGAAGAAGGAACCAGAGUCCAGUAAGAGAAGGAAGUGAGGAGAGACGUGCCAAAAUCGAGCAGUGGAACAGGGAAAAGGAACAGUCAGAAAAAGCUAAUAAGGAUAAUAUUUAUGGUUCCAACAAUAACAACAAAAGCAAUGAAGAUCAGUACUAUGGAAACCAGCAGCAGCAAGGAUAUGGAUAUUGAUCCAAUUAAAUAUUUUCUGGUGAUGUGCAGGUUCACUGUUCUAUGAUUGGAUAAUUUUUCCCCAAUUUUUUUUUAUUGGUUUCGUAAUUGCUUUUGAUGUGCUUGAUUUGUGUGCCUUGCAUGCAUGGUGCUUGAUUUUUCCCUUCUACAUUCAUCUGAUCUCUUGCUUUUUCCAAUGUUUCUCAUCAUCACUGCUGGCCAUCAACUUUUCAAAUUUCUUUGUUUUGAAAAUCUUUGUUUUGAAAGAGUCUUCCCACCCUCCCAUUUCCAAUAAACACUUACUGGCUGUUUUAUUUCUGUUAAUUAUUUUGUAAUUAAGCUGUCUAUUCUGUUUUCAAUUUGUUAAAACAUCCUUUUGAGGCUGUGUUUGAAUCUUAGAUUUGUAGAAAAUUAUUAAAACAAGUAUAUAUUAUGAUUGGAAAUAAGAAUUUUUCAAGAGUUUCCGGUGAGUUUACACUAAAAUUUUCAAGAGUUUCUGAGAAUUUUCUUCAUGUUGUGUUAGAGGUUUUAGAAAUGUCUCAAUCUUUCUGAAGAGUUUCCUUUAAAAAUUCCUGGGUUUCAUUUUAAUUUCAUGCUAUUUCCUUAUAUUCUUAUUUCUGAUGGAGAUUUUGUGAAUGAUUGAAAUGUGGUAUGAGGUGUAGUCUUUUGAUGUUUUUGUAUUGAUUGUGAUACUGUUUUCAUUUCACAUAGUAUCAUUUCUGUGUUGUCCCUCUGAACUUAUAAGUAGCAGCGAGCUUCUACUAUUUUAUGUCUUGUUUUAGUAACAGUAAGGGAGUUGAAGCAGCAGUCCUGUAUAGUUGUAAGUCACCAAACAUAUUUACAAUGACUUUCUGGUCUCCAUCAAGGAAUGGCCAAUUCCUGACGUGUGUAGUAGUUAAAGAUUGGGUGUGUGUGAGAGAGAAAUGGGUCUAGUUCAUAUCUUUUGAAACGGAAUCUGCUUGACUUGUAAACUUACUAUGUUAUCCACCAAUUGAAAAUUCUUGUUUCCUGGCGUUCCUUUCGGUUUCCCCUGUCCAAAUUGGAUAGAUUAGAAUUGUAGGACAAAUAACUUGAAGAAGUUCUACUUUGAUACUAUACAUUCUUUAAGUUACAUGGGUUUCGAAAUGUCUUACUACAAGUGAUGCUCUGUAAAAUCAAUAAUUUCGUGGGUUUGGUAUUUAGAUGCAUUCCUAUUCUUUGCUUUUAUUGCAUGUGUGUUGGUAUUUGUUUGCAGUCAGGCACUCUCUGACCACAGCACUUUCCAGGCUAGUUAACAUGCAAUUUUUCUUGUGGUUUCGUAACGGGUUUUGUCUUCUGUCAACUUCCUCUUUUGACGUUAACAAGUUAUGAUCUUACGUGUAUUACAAGUUUUGCAGGUUCGGGUAUCCCUGCUUCUUAUGGACCGAGGGCUUAUUUUUUACUGAUGAAAUUUUUUACAGGUUUCAUGCUGUGACAGAGGAUUGGAUUUAACUGGGUUUUGCAGAUCACAUUUGAAAGGAUUGUGAAAGACUCCCACUGAGUUAGUAAAGUAUGGCCCGCAAUGUUAUAAUUUUUUAUUUGAAUUGUAGUUUAAUGCAGGCAGGAAUGGGGGGUUUAGUGUGUUUCUUUUGUUGGACAAUUUAGCUUAUUGCAGUAUCGAGGAUGAUAUUAUAAGCCACUUUGGAUGUUUGUAAUUAAUGUUUGUUGUUCGGUAACUUCUUAAAUAUAACUUUUUUUAGAAAUUAUUAUUGGUUUUCUUCUUUUA